AUGUCUAUUGCCAAUAUUGUGGUCGAUCAAUUCAACACAACUGAACACGGAGUCUCUUUGCCUAAUAUAAAGAUUCAAUCCAACAAUGUCUGGUUUAACCCAUCGAUUGAAGAUUAUCCAAAAGAGUUGAAGAUGGUGGUUCAUUGUAUCAAUAAUUCUAUUCUCACACAUGCUUUGAUGACUUUUUUUGCCAUACUGAUGAAGCGGUUAUCACUCGUUGGUUCUACGGUCAUGUUCAACAAGACAACGGAGAUCAUAACAUUCCAAAUGGAAUCGAAAAGAAACAAGAGAUUGAACAAGAAGCAGUUUGCCCAAAUUCUUCAAUUACCAACAAAAAUGUGA